GUUGCUCGAGACUCGAGGGUUCUCGUUAUGGGAAUCGAAGGAAGGAGUCGGAAAAAACAGAAGUAGAUGCGUUCUCGAGCAUCGUUCGGGUACUUUGGUCGGUCGUUCUUUGAGGUAUGAGAACGAAACGUACGGCCGAGACCAAGCGAUAAGAAGGUAAAGUCGUGUGGUAUAAGACUCUUGUAACAAGAGUUAGACGGUUGAUAAGCAGCUGAUGCUCGUAGACCCGGGUUCUGAUACUGUUGUGUUAAUAACUAGCGACGAAUUGUGUCACCACGUUUCAGUGGUAUUGGUAGCCGCGAUGGUGGUAGUAGUAGUGGCGGUGACAGCGACGUGCAGCAGUCUAUGAAUCCAGGGUUACUGCUCUCCCUGGGGCCGUGCUUCGUGGGUUGAGAAGCUUUCAGGCUUCACGUGGAAGGCUGGAAACUGGUCUGUCGCGGACUCGUGGGGAUGUUAUGUAAGCUGCAGUUGAUCGACAUAAACGCAUACAGAGAUCGUGUAUAUAGACGCACGUAUGCACGAAGGAAUCGCUAUGCACUACGUGCUAUAAACGCGAGGUGUUCGAAGUCGCGAGAUCCGUCGAGAGGAUAUUCAGUGACGAGAAUCGUGACGCGGCUAGACGCGGCGAUUAACAAUCAAAUGCGCGCACACACAGUGUUUACUCGAACAUAGCGUCGAAACGUAUAAGGUCUUGAUCUUCCAGGUGAUCGGGUUACGUGUACUAGCAGUGAUCCUCGAAGGUUACCUGAGGAUACUUUUUACACGUGGUUCAGCUUCGAUGAGCUUAUGAGCUAUGAGGAGGAUAUGCGAUUGAGAACCGAAGACAGGGAGGAAGAGGACGAGGAGUUCGAAGACCGUUUAGGAAUGUCUUCGGCUUCAACUAACAAAUUACAAUCUUUGUGGCAUCAUUUCAUUCACGCAAAGCGGCAGAGUAACGAGAAAUCAUACUGGCUGGACAUAUUUCUCGCGGAAUUUCUUGCCCAAGUAAAAGAAGGCCAAGAUGCGAAAGAUGUUCUAUCGUUUUGUUCUGUCAGCGGUGGUAGUGUAUCUACCCUUAUAGCUUGUGAGCUACUCUCUGACGUCCAUGAACUUUCCGCAAAAAGGAUCGACGGGGACGAACUUGCUAGACUGAGGAAGUAUUUGACCCAAGAUCGUGGCUGGCGUUGCCUGGCUUUUCUGCAUUUGUUUGGUGUACGCGGUCUCUCCGGUGGACGAGAAUUGGUAGCUUUGCUGAUCGCUUUGUAUCCAGUCGCUUUUCAAGAGGAAACGAGUAACAAAGCCGAUUCUGUUCCGUCGAAUGUAUCUACCUAUCCGUUGGCGGAUGGUACCACGCACAAUCCGUAUGUAAAAUUCUACUGCAACGACGACACCGUUGACACGGUAGAUAUCGUGUCGCAUGUGAAACGCAAGGCGGUAAAGUCUAAUCGAAACGGCGUGUUUUACGACGGCAAUGCACCGUCAGAAAGAAGAGUUGGUCAUAGGCUCAUCGGUACCAAGUUGCCGGCCCAUUUUAAGCAAAAAUCGUUUGGAAUGUUCGAAGCGCGCCGUAACACGCCGGAAAGUGCGAGCAGCGAGUCCGAAACUCUGACAGAUAUGGAUCGGGCAUCAGGGACCCGCCUGAACCCUAUGGCUUACGAGUAUUGGCAUUCCGUCGUCAUAAGCUACGAGGAACAGAAAUGGGAGGCAGCACCCUUCGAGCGCCCUGCCCGGCCGGUGAAGAAAACACCGAGAGACUACAUAGACGAGCGUAUCAAGGAUGUUUUGGAUGCUCGAAUCAGCAAUUUCGAGACGAGUCUGUUGAUUAUUCAGUUGCUUCAGGGAUUGCGAGAUUACGAUACACCAGCCGAGCAAACACCGGCUGUACAGGUUCUAAAAUUUGCUUUGGAUACGCUAUGGUCCCUGCAAUUCGGCAUAGACAACGUUGCUAUGACUGGUAUCGAAUGCGCUACGUUAAAAGCUGCGGCUGCUAGACUUAUGCUUACGGCACUGAAGCGCGUAUUAAGCGCAAACGAGCCAACAACUGCUGUCAUUCAUAAUGGUUUAUUGCCUAUGACUCUGAGAUUACUCGAGGACGCUUGUAGUAAGCCAGUAAACGUGUUUUCGUCAGAGGAAGGCUCGCUGGUGCAAGAGUUUAUUUUUGCUACCAUUUAUGGAAUCAUAUCGUUUCUUUAUUGCCUGCUGCAUCAACAAGGCACCGUGGUAGAGAAGCUGUCGGACUUUUUAGAAUUAUUUCAAUUGUUCACGGAGAGCCAGGAUGGAAAGCUCGUGGAGAGAACAAUUUUCGCGAUUGUGGAUCUACCAACCGGAGAUCCAGCGAGAUCAAUACUCCGCGCCAGAAAGAUCAUUGAUAUGAUAGGUGCGCUAACGAGUAGCCUGAAAUCCAUUCGGCGUGAUAUUUCGCAUAUAGCCAAGUGCAGCAGAACGAAACACAAAUCCUGCAUCAAUACCGUUACGCUUCAUCAUCAUUCGGAUGUAUUUGGAGCACCUUAUGGUCAGCCGACCGUCGGCGCUGUUAUGAAACCAGCAUGUUGCAUUUCGUCUCUUUUCAUGAUACUCACUAAUCUUCUCAAACAUCCUCAUCCUUGCAUCAACGAGUUGCAAAUUAGCUUGAUCAAAGUGUGCACAGCGACUGGCACUUGUUGCUGUUUUCCACCUAGAAUACUCAUGACCAGUAUCACGACUCUUUUGAAAAAACGUGAUUCAACGAUUUAUACACUAGCCAUCGCAUUUUUAGAACGUACCUUUUUUAAAGAACUCGGUACCUAUCCAGAAUUGGUAAUAUGUGAUACCUGUGAUCGACCUCUGACAUUUUCCUGGGACUUUCUGGAGAUGUAUGCAGAUUUAUUGACUCCGGAUGAUCCAAAAUUAUGCUAUGCCAUAAUGGUUCAUCUUCUAAAGAUCGGGACCCGUUCCAAGUUCCGCAUUAAAUGGAAAUUGUUCUUGAAGGUCUUUUAUCCGACUUUCUUGAAGGCUAAAGGCUAUUAUGCAGCUGACAAAGAAAAUAUUAUCGCGAAAUUCCUCAUUCAAUCUUGUCUCUCCGCGUUGUCCUGUUUGAUCGUAUACACGGAAAUGUACCAAGAAUUUACCGGGACUAAUGGAUUGGAAGAAGCACUGACUUUGCUAUCGGACAUGACUUUCACGAAGAACGUUUACGAUCUCUUAGAAAUCUGCGUUAUCGUCGAGAUGUGGACAACAAAGUAUUAUUUAAAUACGGAGAAACCUGCGCUCAAGUCUUUGUUUAAUUCCCUUGAAAAGGAGACCACCGAACUAUUGCAUGUUCUCGAAAACUCGACUGAUAUUCUCGUUGAUGAAAAGUACGUUGAGCAAGUAACGAAUCAAAUUUUUGUCAUCGAAUCGAUGGAUCAAGAUGCUCAGGGAUCGAGUACCACGUUCCAAAAUGACAUCAUGAAAGAGCAGAACGCAGCAAAGGGAUCGACGAAUGCCAGUUCGUGUUUUCCAGAGAGUCUUUUUAAUUCCGAGGUCAAUGCUUCAUGUCUGGAAAAUGACGACACAGAUGACAGCAAGAAGAUAAAUCUCUAUCAAGCUAGUGCAGCGUGGAGAGCCGCAGCUGGGGUAGCUCUUUGCAAUCCGAAAUUUCGAACUCAAUUGUCGUCGCACUCCGUGUCGCAGAAAUCUUUGCAGCUCUUUAUAAUGUUAGCGAUACGUAUUUCUACGGACAGUAUUACAGAUACCAACAAAUCGGCGCAUAGACUCUUCGAGGCUUUGCUUACGUGCUGUUUAACAUCCCCGUUGUGUGAUUGCGACAUAAUUAUGGAACUGGGAAGAGCGUUAAUGGAUGCUGGAAUCAAAUUAGGCCGUGGACUGGCCGUCAUCGUGGAAGCUUUGUUGAAAGUCUCUAUGUUAAAACCUGCUCAAGAAGAAACUGUACCGGAGUAUGUUCGACCUAGAUUACUAACCAUGACAUUAGAUACAAUACCGGAUUGUGCGGCCGACGAUAGUAGCACAGGUGAAUAUGUGACAGCCGAUGAUGGUUACGAAGCAGACGUAGAAGUACCAGCUCAAAGUCUUCAUAGUAAUACCGUAAAAAGAAAUAAUUCCCUGGGACCAGUAAUUGAGCCCAGAGGCCAUGCAAAUGCACAUCCGGCGUUGUGCUUGCUAGCAGUUGAUUUGUUAAUACAUUUCAGUGAACAAGGUUUGGAUGCUGAAAAAGGAUGUAUUAUAACCUCUGGUUUAAGAAAAGUCGCAUUUACCUGUAGAGAAAGUGCCUCGAGUUGUGCCGCACUCGCAGGUUCAGGUGUUAUUACAAAAUUGUUAAAUGGAUUCAGGAAUAUAUUUAUUAACAAUGAUACCCAAUAUCAAGAUCUACAACACGCUGUACUAGAAGUGUUCACUUUGUUAGCGACGCAAUCCAUUUCGCCAUCAGAACUAGUUAUUUAUUUGUCCUUAUUCAAAGUUGAUGAACCACCACUUUUAUCGUUAUUGGUACCACUUUUUCACUUAGUACUAGCUGAACGUCCGCAACCUAACUUUAUCAUAUCCUUCCCUGUACCCUCCAAUGCGAAAAUAUUGAAAACUCAAUCGGUAGAGUACAAAAACUUGGAAAAGGUUGAGAAUCUUGUAAAUAAUUUUCGCAAACGGCAUUUCACAUCGGGAAUAUGCAGCCCAUGGUCUAUGCAUGCAACGUGUCUACCAAUUGGUCCAGAAAUAUCUUGGGCAGUUUGGUUGCAUGGUUGCUCCGUUUCAAUGUGGUUGAGGGUUGAAAGAGGAUUGCCUGUUAGCGGCAAAGGGACAGUGAUUAGUACAUCACCAUUACUUGAUUCAGACAAUAAGAGUUUAUCGGAUUGGGGUGUAUUAUCUGACAAUUGGAGUCGCGAAGUCGUAGCAGGUUCGUCAUCUCCACCUACACCAACAUCCAUUAUACAUUUGAUGUCUAUCGGAUUCGAGUCCCUGGUGCUUGAAACAUGGUUGGAUCUUAGAUCAGAUAAAUUAAUUUUACGAUUAACUCGACCAGAUAAUGAAACCAAUCGAACCAUUUCGGAAACAUCUGUGACUGAUAUGCUCCCUUACGGACGAUGGCAUCAUUUAGCAUUGAAUAUCAAAGAUACGAUUUUAAAUAAAUGCAGCGCGGUAGUCGAAGUUGUAAUUUGGGUAGAUGGUUGGAAGGAAAUCAAUGCACAAUUACCAUUUGAUGGACUGCUAGUGAGAAAACCUGGUACUACGUGUGUGCUAUUAGGGCAAAUUGGAUCCAGUACUAUCGGUGCUUGGUAUCUUGGAAACUUAAUGGUAUUUAGAUGUCCAGUAUUUACAAAGGAGAGAGCAUUGUACUUGGCAAGUCUAGGUCCUAAUUACACUAAUCUUGCCGAAUGCAUUUUAAACGCAGAGAAACCAAAUUUUGCGCCAUUAAUUGCUUCUGGCGCUUUAGAUGGUGUUCGAGAAAUACGAUUCGAAGGAGCAAAAUUUGAUACAAGUCGAAGAAAAUCGUACGGUGGAACCUACCUAAGACACGCUGUCGAAACUAAAGUAUCUGAGAGUAAAAUUGAUUGGGAUGCAGUUAUGGAUGCUACAAAUUCGCAUUUGGGUGAACUACAAGAUAAUUUGCUUCUUAGUUACGAGGCUCAAAAUCCAAAUAUUGUCCAUUUAUAUCCUCAAGCUAUCGCAAAUCCUGCUGCUGUGGUAAGAAAUCUAUUUCCGGGCCAACCAGGUUUUAGAGUUGUUUCUGCACCAGAGCACAGAGUAUCACAACAACCACCUUUGUCUGUGGCUCCGAUACUUUCUGUUCGGUUAGAAUGCCAACAGUACAGAGGGCUUGUAUCUGCUGCCAUUUUAGUGGGUGGUGUACCCAUAUUUUUAUAUUUAUUUGCAAGAGUAGUCGAAUUAAACUCUAACGAGGAAGAACAAGCAUUAGCUCUUUCAAUAGUUCUUCAUUUAGUACGGAAUGAUUCCGAACUUUUAAAUCAGUAUCGAUCAGAAGGUGGAACAUCCUUAGUCUUACGUAUUUUAGAAUCGUCACGGUGUCACGCAGGUAGACACAUUCUGAAAGCAAUGUUAGAUGCAGCAUGUGAUAGUCCGAUCCCAAUAAAAGAUAUCGGUAGCGGCAAUCAUUUGGUUUCACAAAAUUGCGAAGCUGUCAUCACGGAUCCUGAAUUAAUCAAAGGUGCUCUGACUGCGUGGAGAACCUGGGCGAAACAUGAUUCAUUAAACUUGCUGUUACAAGCGCUGUUAUUACUAUUAAGAGAUCAACAUUCACAACGAGAGUUUAACGCAUCUCAAUUAAACAGAGUCGGAAUCGUUGAUACCGUUUUAACAUUAUGCAAGGAACAUUUUAUGUAUGAAGAACUGGGUGCUGUACUCGAUACAUCGACAGGAACUGCAGUGGUUGAAUUGAUUAGAGCACUUAUGGGGGCACCUCCAGAAUUUGCUCAUUUAGUAGCUAUUACAGAUUAUUUAGUUUUAGUUCAUCAAGCAUCUGAAACAUACAUCACACAUUCAAGACACAAUAUAUACUUUUUAUUACCUCCGAUUGAGGAGAAAAAGGUUGUAAAAGUUACCUCUACAGUAACUUCUAGCUCUUCAGAUGAAUCUAUAGGAACACUUGAAAACAGUAAGUUGAGCAAAGGUGUGACUAAUACACAGAUUCAGAAAAAUAGAAUGACUAAAAGGAAAGAACGCCGGAAUGGACCUCCUCAAGAUACAAGUGCCGGAGAGGACUCAGGAAUUGCGGCUAGUGAUGGGUCUAAUCCUCUCGGUAACGAAAAACAGGCUACUUGGACGGAUGAAAGAAGAGCUUGCCAAGGUUUAGUUUGUGAAGGACUUUUGCUACUGUUACGAGACGCAGUUAGAGUUUUACCUGAUAGCCAAGUUGGAUCGGUUCUGAAACAUGUUUUAAGAGCUGAACUUUUACUUGUGCUGGCAAAUAAUCCUGACACUAGAGUUCGUACUGCGUUAAUUAAGGUUGUUCAAACAUAUUUACAACGUGCUAGCGAUGAAGAAGUUAAUAAAUUUAUAAAGCAAAAAUAUUUUAUGCAUUUAGCAAACCAAAUAGCAUUAUAUCCCGGAAGUGAAUCAUUGGUAGUUGCUUUAGAAAAUUUAGCUUUACGAGGUCCAACUCUGGCCGCGAUGCCUCCAUUAUUGGCCAUAGUAGCGAAAGCGGCAGCUAUUGAACCAAAUGUAGCUAGGCCAAUAGUUUCGUUCAUCACUGAUUUAAUUGGAAAGAAUCCCACUGCACUAAAGAUGCUUUUAGAACAAGGUUUGAUUGAAUCAUUAGUUCAAGCAUUAGUGGGAAGUGCUCACAAAGGUGGUUCUACAUCCCUUUAUCGUGAUAUUCAUGUGCUUCUUGUCGCCAUUGCCACAAAACUUUUGGAAUCUCCAGGAAAUCAUCAAAUGCAAGUUGUUUUAGACUUGCAUUUAAUAUUAAACCACAUGGAAUUAAAAGAAAAAUCUCACUGUAUUAAAAAUAGAACUUGUGUGUCAGUUGUAAGAGAUGCACAGGUAGCACUAUUUGAUGGAGAACUCGAUGUGCUUACAGCGAAAGUCUCGAAUCAAUCGGGUUUUAGAUUACGUAGUACAGCGUCGUAUUUAGCCUCAGCUUCCCAUAUAAUUUCUGUUUUUACAACGUCCACUGAUCAAAGUGAUCAUGGUUCACGAUCAUCUAGUUACACGAGUUUACAUGCGCCUUCCAUUGCAACCCUACGCGAACCAGGCAAAGAAGAAUUACUUGACCGAUUUCGCAUUAUUCUCAUGCGUGCUGUCGAAUUCAUAACAGCAGCUGAUGAAUCACCUUCUGGAAACGAGUUACAAUUAACUAAAAGAUUACUUUCAAUUCUUUUACAUGGCCUUUGUAAUCCGCUACAAAAGAGGAAUCAUUGGAACAGUGGAUGGUCAACCAGGCCCGCUUUAAGAAAAUAUACAGCUAAGAUAAUGACAUGGUUACUUGGACCACACCAGAGUAAUAACACGAGAAUUUUCGCGGUCAGAUCACUAAUGGAAGAACCAAAAGCUCGUGAAAUUUUAUCUUUUCUUCUGCAAGAUCAUCCACAAGUAGAACAAAAAUUUACUGUGUUCUUUUGGGAUCUUUUACAAAGACGAGAUGAGAUGCCUAGUGCCGAUGCAAGAAUAUGUGUGGAAUUGAAAGAAGCUCUGAACAUAUGGGAUUUAGCAAAAGGUAUAGAGCAAGCUAGUCCUGGAAUAUGGAACGAAGAACUGGCAUUGUUGAGGCGAGAAUUAAUGAGAGAUCGAGAUAUAUGGAUUGAUAGUAAUCUUCCCGCAAUUCAGAGAGUUGCCAAUAGAUUUGAUGUGCUUGCUAAACAAUUAACAGAAAGCGCGAUGGCUAUAACUCGUAUGGUUGUAGAAGAACAAAAUCGAGAACGCAAAGUAUUAAUGGAAAGACUGAAACAUUCAAGAGCAAUGGAAGCUCAAGCAAUUGCUAAGUGGAGAGAUUUAGCAAGACGUCUAACGCAUGAAAGAGCUCCUUGGUACUUUUCAAAUUGUUAUCCAAGAAGUUGGGAACUAGAUCCAACAGAAGGUCCUGCCAGAGUCAGAAUACGAUUACAACGAUGUCAUUUAAACAUCGACAAAAGAUUUUUCUUGACUGAAUACCAAGAUAAACUAGAUGCAGCAAAAAUUGAAUCACCUUUAUCUUAUUUAUUUAUGACUAAUCGACAAGAUGCUAAUGCUACCGCAUUAAUCGAACGAUUACAUACUAGCGAAAGAAUACGUAAAAUGUCUCAAGCUAAAGUUGUUACGCCGAGAGCCGAAUUAGCUGGCGAAGUUCUUAUCGGUGAAACAUGUCUUUACUUUGUUCCUGACAAUCCUGAUGUUCUGCUGCACACAGAUAUAGCUUUAGGUGGUUUGGAUCUAGCUAUGGUAGGUGGUACGGCUUGGCGGCUCGAUGACAUUCGAGAAUUGCAUAGAAGAAGAUAUCAGCUGCAGGAAAGAGCUAUCGAAAUAUUCCUCAUUACGGGAAGAACUUAUUUAUUAGCGUUUAAUUCUUCAAAGGAAAGAGAUGAAUUUGUAACAGAAUUGUCUGCUUGCAAUUUACCAAGACGAAUACCCGGUGAUGAUUUAAGCGAAGCUAUCUCAUUGUGGCGAAGUGGGGCAUUAACAAAUUGGGAAUAUAUUACUUGUCUAAAUAAAUUGGCUGGUCGUUCGUAUAAUGAUUUAAUGCAGUAUCCUGUAUUUCCAUUUGUGUUAGCGGAUUAUAUAAAUGAAAAAAUUGAUUUAAAUAAUCCAAAGAUCUAUCGAAAUUUCAAGCGACCUAUGGCUGUGCAGGAUAAAAAAAAUGAACAGCACUAUAUAAACAACUAUAACUAUCUUAAGCAAGCCUUGUCGGAAGGUCUAAACUUAAUCGCGUUAAAUCAAGAACCAUUUCAUUACGGCUCGCACUAUAGUAAUUCUGGAACAGUGCUCCACUUUUUGGUACGAUUACCACCAUUCACUAGUAUGUUUCUAUGUUAUCAAGACGAUAAUUUUGAUAUUCCUGAUCGAACAUUUCAUGCAUUGGCUACUACAUGGAGAUUAACUAGUUGCGAUUCAACAACAGAUGUGAAAGAAUUAAUUCCUGAAUUUUUCUAUUUGCCUGAAUUUUUAUUAAAUUCCGAAGGUUUCAAUUUUGGAGUUCGACAAAACGGUAAUCGAGUAGGAGAUGUUGAGUUACCGAAAUGGUGCGGAGGUGAUGCACGACUUUUUAUUCUCGCUCAUAGAGCAGCAUUAGAGGCUGAUCUUGUUAGAGAAGUUCUGCCUUAUUGGAUUGAUCUGGUAUUUGGCUUUAGACAAACUGGCAGACCCGCAGUGGAAGCUAUAAACGUGUUUCAUCCAGCAACCUAUUAUGGAUUCAAUGUUGAACAAAUAGCUGAUCCUUUAGAACGUCAAGCUUGGGAAACGAUGGUGCGAACGUAUGGCCAAACGCCGGCGCAAUUAUUUAGAGCUGCACAUCCCCUACCGAUUCAAAAUAUUGGAAAUACAAUAGUACAUAAUUUAGUACCGCAAGUCAUCGAAGGUGUAAAUGGUAUAAAAUGGGGAAAUUACGUUGGUGCUCCUGGGAAUGAACCUGUUUUGUGUUGGAAACAUAAACACAGAGCACCAUUAGCAUCGUUAGUACCUUUAAUGUCUGGUGAUGUUUUUGGAUUACCUAGUUACACUACUUUAUUACUUGGUUAUACAAAAGAAAAAGGUGCGAUUAUGUUAAGUGGGACGUCCGUAUUGGGAGCUGCUUUAGUGUCAUGGAGUGGUACGGAUGGAAUUGCAAGACUGAAAUGUAAAAAAGAGCAACCUCCAAGGCCAUUAAUUAGAUCUUCUGGUCUCGAUCCAAUUACAACUUUAGGGUCAGCACCGGAUUGUGGACAAUUAUGGAUAGGCCAUUUAUCUGGUAGAAUAACUGUGCAUACAUAUACAGUUAUAACGAGCAAAAUUGACUUCAGUUCAAUACCUGCGUCUGUGUUAUUAGCUCAUAGAAGUCGAAUAACCAUAAUAUCUCUUUCACGAGCAUUUAGUAUCGCUGUUACGGGCGAUGAAAAUGGUGUUAUCGUUAUUUGGGAUUUAAAUAGUUUAACAUACAUAAGAUCAAUACUCUGUGAUCAAAACUAUCCUAUUCGCUUAUUAUCGAUUAGCGAAACUCUCGGAGAUAUAGCAGUUACCUAUAAAAUUUCUAAUGUAAGCGAAAAUACGUCUUCCAGUCAAUCUGAAUUGAAAGUAUUUACUAUAAAUGCAAGAGCAGUUGGAUCUGUUUUAUCGAGAAAAAAAAUAACAGCUCUUUGCUAUAGCAAUGCACCAGAAGGGGUCUCUGUGAACGUUAUUGCAACAGGAUUAGAUAAUGGAGUAAUAAGACUGUGGAGCAGUUGGGAUUUAAGAUUAGUUAGAGAGAUUAUAAAUGAUGUAAAGGGGUGUGGAGCAGUAAUAGCGAUAGCAUGGGCUUUAGAUCAACAUCACUUAUAUGCUGUAACUGAAGACUUCACUAUUCUCAUAUGGGAAGGAUCAAAACGUUUGAGUAAUGGUACACCAAAAUUCGUAAAUUUAACAUCAUUAUAAUGUAAAUAAACAAAAUCAAAAUGUUUUUAAAUGCAUGAGCAACGCGUUUAUAUUGUUAAAUAUUGUUAAACAUGUUUCAUUUUAAUAA